AAACUCUUUGAGCGCUGGGCGGAGUCUUGUUUUACACCGCAGACUGGAGAUGAUGGUGGUGGUGGAGGGUCGUUAGUGCAGAACACGCAACGGGGUGAGGGAGGUUGUGUAUUGAUGGCAGGGUGUCGUCGGACCGCAAGUGCUCAUAUAGUGACUGGUUGUGAAGAACGAGUGUUUUGUUGAAAAUUAUGUUGCUUAGGAGACUGCCUUUGAUGUGAACUUUGGUUUUGUUUACGGACUAAAUGUCAUUUGUUAUAAGGUUAUGCAUCUGACGUUUGAUGAGUGCAUCUCCACUUUGAAAUUAACGAAACAAAACCUCUGUACUCAGUGAAGGAUACGACUUACCUGGACCAAACCAUAGCUUUUUAACUUACGUUUUACUACAUACGUUUGGACAGUCUGCCGCUGCCAAAUAACGAUCCGUUUUGCAACGCUCUAUAAUGGAAAGAAUAUAGAGAUAUAUUAUCAUGGGAUGCAGAUCUGCAACUUCUGAGCAUCUGGUGCAUUAACUUUUAUAAUGCAAUCACAUGGAAGAGGCCAUUUCUGUUGUUAAUAAAAUGGGUAUUAUUACCACAGCAGUUGCACUUCUUGUACUGAAUUAUGCUAAAGGUCACCAAGUAUAUGAAUCCAGGAUCUGUGCUGAGAAAAAUGUUCAGAUGCACCAUGCACCUGAUUCGCAUGAAUAUUUGAGCACAUUUAAAGCAGAGGAAAAUAGCACACAUACCAACAAAACAUGCGAGAGAUCUACGAAUUUCUGUUACGCGUACUGGGAGACCAACGGGACUGCUGUUACUUUCAUAAAACAAGGUUGUUGGGAGGUUUCUGGGAAGAGUGACUGCAUUCAGACAAAAUGCAUUGCUGACAAACCAUCAGCUGCACGAAACAAUUCAAGAUUUUGCUGCUGUUCAGGCAACUUGUGCAAUGUGAACUUCAUUGAUGAUUAUGUUAUGCCCACAGAGGACAUUACUACUGCCCUGUCACGUGCUACAAGUUUAAUGGAACCUGCUGACGAUGGAUAUCGAACUAUUCUCAUUGCCUUAGUUUGUGGCCUUGUACUAGUGUUAAUUUCUGUGGGUGUUGGAGUAAUCGUUUUGUGGAAAAUACAUGAAGCCUCUAUUUACAAGCAGACAGCUGAUGCUGUUCAUCUUAUGGACAAUGGAAGUCCAGGAAAUUACCAAUCUGACACCUAUGCCUUGGAGCACCUAAAAAUAUCCACAAUUGUAGGCCAGGGGCGAUAUGGGUGUGUGUUUAAAGGAACAUUGCUUGACAAGGAAGUUGCUGUAAAAAUAUUUCCAGGCCACCACCGACAAUACUUUCAUAAUGAACGUGAUAUCUAUUGCUUACCAUUCAUGGAUAAUCCUGCUUUGUUAACAUAUUUUGGGUCAGAUGAACGUGUGAGUGCUGAGGGAUACAUUGAUUACUUGCUGGUGCUUUCAUAUGCCACAAAUGGCUGCCUUCAGGAUUAUCUCAGGAGUAAUUUGGUGGACUGGAAUUGUUUAUGUAGAAUGGCACUAUCUGUUGCAAAGGGUCUAGCUCACCUACACACAGAUGUCCGUAAAGGAGACAAAUUUAAGCCAUGUGUAACACACCGUGAUCUCAACUCAAGAAAUAUUCUUGUGAAAGCAGAUUUAUCAUGCUGUCUUUGUGACCUGGGAUUUGCCAUGAAGAUUUCUGGUUCAAAGUAUUUUUACAAUGGUGAAGAGCAGCAUGCAGAAACAAAAUCGAUCAAUGAUGUUGGCACCUUACGCUACAUGGCACCAGAAGUAUUAGAGGGAGCAGUGAACCUUAGAGAUUGUGAAUCAUCACUAAAGCAGAUAGAUGUGUAUGCAUUAGGAUUAGUGCUAUGGGAAAUAGCAACACGGUGCGCAGAUCUAUAUCAGCUUGGCACCUCUGUACCUCCUUAUAGUAUGCCUUUUGAAGCUGAAGUUGGUCACCAUCCAACAUUUGAACAGAUGCAGGUGCUUGUCUCUCGACACAAAGCUCGUCCUUUGUUUCCGGAGGGGUGGCGUGACUGGGCUGCUGUGAGGCUGUUGAGAGAAACAAUAGAAGACUGCUGGGACCAGGAUGCAGAGGCAAGAUUGACUGCCCUCUGUGUUGAAGAGAGGAUUCAAGAACUGCCAUCACUUUGGGAUCGCAUGAGAGCUAUAACAGCAUCAGGAAUGAGUCCUACUGUCAAUCCUACAGUCAAUCCCACAUUCACAUCUACAAUGCUGAGUCAGCUACCUGGUGUAGUUCGGACUACCAAUAACAAUAACAGCAGCAGUGGCACCAAUACCAACUAUAACUACAAUAAUAAUUCAAGUAACAUGGGUCAUAUGAUCAGUUCUGGAUUACAUGAGAAGCAACUACCAGAUUCUCUGGAAAAUACUGAUUAUUCUGUCAAGUCGGGAAGUGGAACUUGUGGCAAAGAUGCCUGCGAGUCCAAUUUGUCUGAAGGCACUAUUGAAACUACUGUGACAAUAUCUCCUUCAGAUUCUCAUGGAGAGUCUUCAUAUAAAAAUUCAAAUCAGACAUUUGUUCCACCCGGAGGCACGCACACUUUUCCUUUGUCCUGUGGGCUAACUUCGUCAGUGCAACAUCAGAGAGCAUCACUGCAGCCAUAUCAAGGACGAAAUCCAUGCAUGGAGAGGAAUUUGAUGCUGACAGCACCUUCAGACGAGGACUUAGCUUGUAAUGGAAAUACGUUAGUUGACAGGUCUUUCAAACAUGCUUCUGCUAGUAAUUAUUUAAUAAACACUGCAUUGUAUGAGCCUCAGGCACUUGUUUCACAUGAUUAUCUUAGUACAUCACAGUUGACAGCUGGUAACAAUAGCAUAAGACCUGCAACACCCAUUCCUUAUGUACAAAAUGCUGUCUAUGACACAAAUUCUACAUGUACCGGAAUUCCAAAACAACCCAAUAUUCCUGGAAAUGGCUCAGCUGUUGUUGAUGGUGUAACACAUACUAAAAGUUCACAUUGGUCAAACUGGGGAAAAGGUAGUAGUAGAUGGGAGGGAUUUAAAAAAUAUUUGGAUUCAAAAACAAAAUCACUUUUUGGCAUGUCAAAGGAACGAGAAGCCCAUACUGUUGAUUCAGGGAAUACUGUUGUAAAGGAAUUUGAUGAGGUGGAUGACGAUGUGAAAUCUAACUUAUUAGCUCGCCAAACUUUGGUUACUGUAGCUCCUUUAUCAAAAAGAUCCCCAGUAUUAAUGGAAACAAAGGUUUGUGUUUCACCACCUGAUAAACUUGUGAAUGGUGUUAGUACAAAUACUGGUGUAGUUACAUCUGUAAUGUCACCAUUGAUCUCAACUACAAAUAGAAAUGACAAUGAAAAUAAAGACAGCAAAGUGACAAAGAGUCAGAGACCAUGUACAUUAGCACUGACACCUGCAAAACCAACAAUGGUGUGUGAAGAUACGUCUGUUGCUGUGUCUCGCCAGAAUCUCAAGGAACAGAUCCAUCAAGUUUUCCGCAACAGAAAUAAUGAAAAUGCAUCUCGUUUAAAGGACCCAAAUUUAAGGGUGAAGACUCCUGGUGAUGUUCCACCUUCUGUUAGGAGAAACCGUGGUAAAGGAGGUACUGCACGGUUUUCAUUAUAUGAUGAUAGAAUGAUGAUUACUAAAGAAUUCAGUAAAACUUCAUGUGCAAAUACAGAUCUGAAAACUAAUAGCAGUCAAAUUUUUUCAAGCUCAGUACCAACAAACAUUGACAUUUCUUGUAGUUCAGAGAUACUUGAAAAGGUUGUGCCCUAUUCCUCGCAGAAUGACAGAAAACUGAAACUUAGAAGUAAUGAUGCAUGUAGCUGCUAAAACUGUUGAUAAAAAAAAAAAAUAUUGCAAUUGUGAUAUUAUAAGAGCUUUCAGUAAAUUGUACUUUUAAGUAAGUUUUGGGCUGCACAAAAGUUUCUGGCAACGUCAGGAGCUUUAUAUUUAGGUAACUUGUGUGCUGCAUACAAGUUUCUGGCAAUGUCAGGAGCUUUAUAUUUAGGUAACUUAUGGGCUGCAUAGAAGUUUCUGGUUGUGCCAGGAGCUAAAUAUUUUAAGAAACUUUUGGGCUGCAUCAAAGUUUCUGGCAAUGUCAGGAGCGUGAUACAUAGUGAGGAUCAUUACUUGUAAUAUAGUUGUAACUUCCAAAGAUUUAAGUAAGACCUCCCGUGAUUAAUGAAAGAAAGGUACUGCAUUGUUCUUCUUUAUAUUUGCUAAGUUUCUUCAGAUCUCCAGUGAAUAUUUCAUUUUGUCUGCAGCACUUGGUUUUAUCAUUACUAUUAAAUAACAGAUGUUGAAUGCAUUAUGCAGGGACUUAUUGUCAGUGUCUGGAACUGCCACUUGUUAUUGCUGAAUAUCAUCAGUUUCUCUUCAUUUUCUUGUGGCUCUGCAGUCUUUCAUUUGUGUCAUCAGUUCAUAAUUAUGAUUGAACUGAAAGUGUAAAAUAGCUUAUAGCAGUUAGUUGCAACUGAUUAAUAUUUGUUUAUAAUAUUUUAUCAUUUCAUAGAGAGAUUACUUCUGUAACUAUACAUCCUUGACAGAAUACUGCCUUUGUUAGUCACCAUUUUAGACCCACGAGUUAUUGUACAUAAUCUGCUAUAAUUUCAAGUGUUUCUUGCUAUGUACGUUAUUUUCAUCCCAAUUCAUCAGAAAGGUGGGGGGGGGGGGGGGGGGGGGGGAAGAGAGAGAGAGAGAGAACACAGACAUAAUGUUUAUGUUUAAGUGUUGCAUUGUCAUACAGAGAUCAUUCAUUUAGAAUGUUGUCUAAGUAAGUGAAUGUAUUCCAUAUUCUAAUUUUAUGUGAAGACAAGUAAGGCAGUUCCCAUUUUCUACUGCCUGUAAGGAAGUAUGUGAUGCAGUUUCACACUGCUCAUCCUCCAACUGACAGUUAAGCAAUAGCAGUCCAUGAACUAAGAGCAAAAUGUUGAGGUUAAAUGAUUUAUCUGGGCUGUUAUAGUUAAGGCCAAAUUUUCCAAGAAAAUUCAGUUUCAGUUGCAACAAAAUGCUAACCUUUUUUCUCAUAUUUUUGAUCCAUCACAGGUACUCUGAGCACCAGUUGUUGUGUUAUCUCUAUAUGUGCUGAAAGACUCUUGAUCUUGGACAGAAUUAUUCAUGUAACUAGCAAGAGAUGCAAUUGCAUGUGAAAUGACAAAUGAACUGCAAGUGAAAAAUUACUGUUGCUGAAAUCAAUUUUACAGCUAAUCAUGCUUAUUAUUUGAACUGGGGCUAUUCCUGUGGUCUGAAAAUAGUUACGUCUCAUUGGCAUUCAGAUCUGUAAUUGCUGCAUUGUAAUGUGUAAAUAACACAUUAACAGUUAAUGAAAUUUUAUGACUAAAGAGUGUUCUUAAAUUCUAAUAGUGUUUUACCUUUGCACCCUGCCAGUUCAGAAAGAUCCUAAAUUUUGUGAGUGGUUCCAUGUAUAUUCAUACCCAGUGGUCAAAUUUUAUGACAAAGUGAUGAUCGUGCAAAUGUUAAUUGCAAGAAAAAGGGGUAUAAUGUUUGUGAAAAUAAGUGAAGGUUCAAAAAUUUUUAUGACUGUGGAAAGUAAUGGCUUUUCAGUGAAGUGUCCUUAGUUAUCUCAUUUUUCAAAUAGUUUUAAGAAAGAAAGCUAGUACACAUUUAAUGUCAAAUAAGUUUCCAAUUUAUGAGUUAGCUCACAUGAGGAAGUUUACUGUUUUGAAGUGUCACUAAGUGCUGUCUUUUUAAAGUUUUCUGCAUUUUAAUCACUCCAUCUUCAUGUACUGCAUUUUAAGUAUUCCAUGUCUGUGAUAAUGUUACCAAAAUUAUUGAUCCAAGAAGUGAGCUGGCAUGUGUGUCAUUUUGUAUGGGAGCAGGCUUUAAGUAUUAAAUUUUGUUUUUUAUUCUCAGUAACUGGCAGAAUAUUACCUGGAGGGGAUCAUUUGAAUGUAGCAACUUGUUGAAAUUAACUUCUGAAUUGAUGAGGUGGUGCUUACAUAAAAUUGCACUUUCUCAUUUUAUGAAGAUUUUUUAAUCUUCAUAUGUUGUGUACUCUCAUUAUUGACUGAAAUUGGAUUUUUAGGUAAAAAGUUUUGCUGAGUAGUAUCAGAGGAAAACUCAGUCGACGAAUUAAUAAAUUAUGGCACAGAAUUUCUUGCAAGUGCUUAUCUUCAGGAGGCAAUAUAUGUAGCACUGCUAAUAGACAAAUAUAAAAGUAAAAGGUGCACAUUUUCUAGCUUUCGGAAUUAAUAGUUCCUUCGGCAGGGAGGAGAGGGGUAUAUGCUUUUGCACUCCAUUUACUUUUAUGCAUGUCUAUUGGUGGCACCAUAUAUUUACUGGCCAGCAAUUCUGGCUCAUAAUCUAUUAGUUUAGUGAAUAGUAUUAUGGACAAAAACUUGUAGCUAACUUUCCUCUUCUCACUAUAUAUUCUUGUUUUGUACUGAGUUAUCUGCUUUUGGAAUCUAAUCAUAAUUUUAUGUUGCCUAGUGAAGUAUAUGGCUUCAUGAAAUUUUUGUAACGGUUGUAAUCCAAACAUUUUGAGACUUUGCUGCCAUAAAAAUCACAAUUUCAUUUUAAUAACAUAGUGUCAUAUAAUGCAUGUAAGAAGUAUAUGAAGCUUUCUAGUAUUCAGGGAGAACUUUUGGAUAAGAUAUCAUAUAAGAAAUAAAUCACUAUAUUAACAUUUCAUUCAGGUAACAUUUGCUAUAACGUUAUUUCUCUAUUUCUUUAUUUACAGUUUCAUAUUCUCACAGUUAUGUUAUUGCUGUCAGAUUACAUGUCAUGGAAAAGGCCUUAUCCAAAACUGUUAACACCUUGUCAGAAUCUGAUUGAUUCAUUGUGUGUGUUGUGGUAUACAAAAUUCCAUUUGGGACACACAGCCAGUUUAAAAUUUCUUUGAUUUGUUUAGGACAUGCCUCCAUGGAAAAAAACAUCUUUCUUGUGUUCCAUGUUGGCCAAAUCAUAAACUCAAAUGUAUGUCUACCAGACACUUUUCCCUCAUAUCUUACUCAGUUUGUUAAGAAAGCAGUAGAUGAAAAUAGGACUCCUUUUUACAAAAUUAAAAUACUAAGUGAAUGGAAAGACAAUUUCAUUACUGUUGUAUGUAUACUAAAAUGUUUGCAUUUGAGAUUUGUGGAUAGGUUUUGAUCCUCAUCAUGCAUCCUCCCAAUAUUUAACUUAUUUCCUGGUUUUAAUCUCAUAAAAAUAUGGAUUUAUUGUUAAAAUUAUUGAAAAAAUGAUAACAGAUGAAAUACAAUUCUAGGACUGAUGAACGAGCUCUCUUAUAAGGAUCAUAUUGUCAAUACACACCACAUUCAAGAAACUGGAAGAAUCUUUGGCAUUCAAAGUUCUGUCGUUUCUCAAUAGCUGGGUGAGGAGUAGAGAGACAAGCAUAUACACGCAUCGGCUGUGAUCUCAUGAGUGCCUGAGAUGUGAAUUGAUGGUGUGUAAGUUAAUAAAUCUUCUGGAAAGUGGAGGUGGUAUUAAAUAAAGAGGAUGAAGGAAAGAAUGGGUUUGCUUUCAGGAAAAAUGGAAAGGAUGUUGAAGUUAGUGAGGCAGGGGCAAACUUGUCAAGCUGUUU